AAUCAAAAUCGGACAACAACGUAUCCGGUUGACUUCUGUCAAUAGUUAGCCGGCAAACUGAGUCGCUGCAAAUUACUGUUAUUUGCUGCUCGUAAAAAGCAAGUAAAGAUAAUGGCAUCCGUAGGAAUACUGUUUGUGUUUGUGGCUCUUCCACUAAUUAUUCUAGCUGCUGACUCCCAAACUAAAGGGCCAAAAGUAACGGAUAAGGUUUAUUUUGACAUCGAAAUUGGAGGAGAAAAGGCAGGGCGAAUUGUGAUUGGAUUGUUUGGAAAAACUGUUCCCAAAACGGUGAAAAAUUUCAAGACACUUGCAGAAGGAAGUGCAGAUGAUAAAUCUCUUACAUACAAAGGCAGCAAAUUCCAUCGAGUGAUCAAAGACUUCAUGAUUCAAGGUGGAGAUUUUACAAGAGGAGAUGGCACAGGAGGUAAGAGCAUUUAUGGUGAGAAGUUUCCUGAUGAGAACUUCAAGCUGAAGCACUACGGCUCAGGCUGGAUGAGCAUGGCAAAUGCUGGCAAGGACACCAAUGGCUCACAGUUCUUCAUAACAACGAAGAAAACAGAGUGGUUGGAUGGGCGUCAUGUCGUCUUUGGAAAGGUUUUAGAAGGCAUGAGUGUAGUCCGAAAGAUAGAGAGUACAAAGACUGGGAGCAAUGACAAGCCACAGAAGGAUGUAGUUAUUGCCGACAGUGGAUCUUUAGAAGUUGCAGAGCCAUUUGCUGUUGAAAAAAAGGCAUCUGAUGAGUAAAUCCAUAUCAAUACAUUGUGCGUAAUGUCGAAUGCAAUGUUAUGUGCUACUUUCUUCUUUAUGUUUAAAAACUUGGAACUCAUAAGUGUCAUUUACUUUAAACAACGAUUUGUGUUGCAAUAAUAAUUUGGAUGAUUUUAUGUUUUGGGUGUCUAAAGUGGUGAUUUAGAUUUUGUGCACUUUAAAUCAAAUGUUUACAUUAGUGUCAGUUUUACUGUAUUGUAUUUUAGUAGACUGUACCAUACAAAAUGGACACUGUUUACUCUUAAGUUUUGUACUAGCCUUUUGUAUGUGUUGACGAAGAAAUGUUUGUAUCACAUUGAUGGGAUUAACAUACAUUAAUCUGUAUGUUAUGUGUGUGAAUGCAAGUUCCAUGUAUGUGUCUACACAUCGUUAGUUUGUAAUAGUAAAAGCCUAUGUGAUAUGUGCUUUCGAAGGAUGCAGUCCACUUAUUCAUGCCAUUUAUAAAGUGAGGUGCAUUUUUGUCAUUGAUUAAAAAAACUUGUCAUCCAUUGUAGUUGUAAAAUUAUGUAUAAAGAUUUGUAUUUAAUUUAUAGUUGAAGCAAUAACAUUUUACCUAAAUUUCUAUUAUUAUCAUAAUCAUAAAUGAAUGGAUGUUUGCAGACAGAAAGCUACAUGCUCAUCAAAAUAUUGUGAUGACUUUUGCACUAAUGUUAUAAUAUUACAAAUAUCAUCCUGAUGUACUCAGUGUUGUAUGUGAGAUUUACAAAUUACAAUGAUGCAUUCGCUAAUAAAAAAUUAACAUUU